GCACUGCUACUUCACCAUGUCUCCCAACUCAGAGCUCCAGCGCCAUGUAGAACGUCUGUGGGAAGUUGACACCUCGCCUUAUGUGAACAUAAAGACUGCCACACGUUCUAAAGAGGAUCAACAGGCUGUAGACCUGUUAGAGCAACGCACCACUAAAGUGGAAGUGGAUGGAGUGACUAGAUAUGCUACUCCACUUCUCAGGCGCAAGGAUAGUCCCCUCCUCUGGGCAUCAAAGAACACAUUGCUCCCACAGCUACGUAGUACUGAACGCCGUCUGGCUAAAGAUCCAGCUCUGGCAGAUACCUACUGUCAAGAAAUCCAUAAACUUGAACAGUUAGGUUAUGCCAAACCUCUUCCUUCAGCUACAGUAGACAGCUCCCAGGAGUCUUGGUAUCUGCCUCACCAUGUUGUCCACCAUAAUGGAAAGGCAAGAAAGGUCUACAAGGUGAAGGCCACGCAGUAUGACCCACUGGGCUAUCUUAUCCCAUUCACCACUCAAGCCAAGAUCCUCAUCCAAGACCUGUGGAAAGUGGGAGUUGACUGGGAUGAGCAGAUUCAACCCAAGGCUCUACUGGAAAUAUGGACACAAUGGGAGAGCGAGCUGGUCUACCUCCCACAAGUGGAAAUCCCAAGAUGCUAUGUUCCAGCAACCUUGGCCCCUGAAGUGCCUAACAGACAAGCGCAAAUCUUCUGCGAUGCCUCCGAAAGAGCCUACGGAGCAAUUACACUAUGGACCGACUCAAGUACAGUGUUGACAUGGCUGAAAUCAGACUCAAGUCGAUACAAGGUUUUUGUUGGAACGAGGGUCGCUGAAAUUCAAGAACUUACCGAAGGGUCAACUUGGCGGUAUGUCAGCACCUCUGAUAAUCCAGCAGAUGACCUUACCCGCGGGAAGACACCCCAUGAGCUCAGUCAGCCCAACUGGUGGAGUCAGGGUCCACAAUUUCUUCACCAGCCUAUUGACACCUGGCCAGAGCUACAAAUGGAAGUAGCUCAGGAAGAAGAUGAGGAUGCGCUACGCAAGACAGUGUUUUGUGCAGCAGCUACCUGUCCUUCUCAUGAAGUGGAUGUUACUAACAUCGACAACUGGGAUGACCUUGUUAGAGCCACUGAUAUGAGCCUUCACGGGGCAGCCAAAGACCUGGCGAGCCCCACCAUGACAGCUGCAGAUGUACAAGAAGCUGAACUACAUCUCCUACGACAAUCCCAAAGUGAGACCUUCCAGGAAGAGGUGAAACUCCUUGCCGUGGGGAAUCCCAUCUCCAAACAAAGCCGCCUACUCAUGCUUGCUCCUGAGUAUGAUAUAGCUGUCGGGCUGAUAAGAGUGGGAGGCAGGCUGCGAAGAGCAGAUCUGGAUCUAGAUACCAUGCAUCCAAUUAUCCUUGACCCAAAACAUCAUGUUACCAGGCUCCUCAUCAAGAAAUAUGACAACAGCUCCUGCAUCCGGUCCCCGAGCGUGUAUUAGCUGAAAUUCGGAGAAGAUACUGGAUCCUACGUGGAAGAGAAUCUAUCAAACGGCAUCAGUACAGCUGUGUGGAAUGUCAAAAAUGGCGUGCUAGUCCUGUAGUCCCACAAAUGGCAGAUCUUCCCCCAGCAAGACUCCGUCUAUACAAGCCACCUUUCUGGUCUACCGGAGUGGACUGCUUCAGCCCUUACAAUAUCAAGGUGGGUCGACGCAUGGAGAAGCGAUGGGGGAUCAUCUUUAAAUGCACGACAAUGAGUUGUGUGCACCUCGACCUGCUGGAGAGCAUUGACACUGAUGCUUUUCUUAUGGGAUUACGUCGCUUCAUCGUUCGCCAUGGCAAACCCUUUGAAAUCCUAGCUGACAGAGGGACCAAUUUCCGAGGUGGAGGGGCUGAACUACAGACCAGCUUCCAAACUUUAGAGGAUUGUCAAGGCAUGUCCAGGCUCAGACGGUCGAGUCAGGGCUGCUGAAGUGAGGAUAAAGAGACAGACUUAUCUUCGACCAGUUGUGCGCCUGGUGCGACUGCCAGCUUGGGAAGAUGAAGAUGACUCUGGCUAAACACCCGAUAAGACUUUCCUCUAGUUUUUGAAUUUUUAACUAAAUUCGGGGGCGGCUUUGUCUGAAAGGCUUAUAGUUAUGGCUAUAGUUAUGGCAGUUCUAGAAGAUCCAUGUGUAAAGUUACCCCACUCUUAUUUUGGUGGUACAGUUUGUGACAUCACUUCCUCUAGAUAGUCACUUCCUGUAAAGCCGUUUCUACCAUUUUGUCCAAGCUGUUGGUGAUGGCAGACAGCCUCGUGUGCUUUCAUGACUGACAUACCACACGGAACCACAGAAAUGUACAGAUGUCCAUACUUCAACUGUCAUUAAAUACGUAAAACUGUCUCUCCGUGCCCUGCUCUCUGACCGGAGCCCUUAUCUUGAAGAUACUGUCAGAUCAGCAAAUAACUUCCAGAGUUCCCACUCUAUCACACCGCCAGUGACUACAACCAGCAUGGAUACCGGAUCUCAGCAGCCACUGAAUUCAGUUCGGUCACUUCUCCAGUAUCCGUUCGAGAUGAGAACUAUGGUGGAAAAACUGAAUGUCAAAGAGCUUGGACCAGAUCAGCCCGACGUAAAGAUAAGCCAGCAGGAGAAGGAGAGAGAUAAGGCAUGGAGGAGUUACGGACAUGAAACAUUUUUCUGAGAAGGUGAAGAAACACGAGUCAUCCCGGGCACACAUGGACAACAACACAGUGAAGCUAGCCAUGCUAGGCAGCAGAGCUAACGUUGCCAUGCAGGGAACAACAGCAGCUGUGCAGAGGUUUUUCACACCAUCCUGAGCCAUGCAAAAGAAGAUUCUUGUCACCACACCCAUGACCACAGCCGAAUCAGAAAGGUGCUUUUCUACUUUAAAGAGGAUUAAGACUUUCCUUGAGGAACACCAUGACACAGGAUGGGCUGAAUGCUCUUGCCAUGCUCUCCAUGGGAAAAAAAAGCUUGUCACAAACAUUCCUGACUUCAAUAAAAAGCUAAUCGAGAGCUUUGCCACUCAGAAGGACAGAAGGGCAAAAUUUCUGUACAAAUGAGGUAUCACACACACACAAAUGCAUCCACUUGAUCUUUGUAUAAAGUUGACCUUGGCACAACACUCCAGAAAUAUUUAACAGUGUAAAUUUCUGGCAUUUUGUCUAAGUGGUGUUUACUACCAUUACUGUAACAGUGACCUGCUCAUAAUUUUUGGUGUUCACUCAAAUGUUGAAAUUAAACAAAAUGUUUUUA